GACUAUCGAUAGGUUUCAAAAGCGUAGCUAUAGCUGUCGAAAAAACAGCCGGUGUUUUGUGUUUGGUAAAAUAAAUAAAAUGGCAACAAUGAACGAUGAGGAGAUUAUAAAACAGCGUCUACUUAUUGACGGCGAUGGCACAGGCGAAGAUCGCAGGCUGAACAUGCUGUUGAAGCAGUUUCUCAAGUGGGCCAACUCCAAAAACGAUUCGCCAGAGACCAAUCAAAUCAUGUACGAUCGUUUGAUGGCACAGUUGGCGCAAUGUCAAUUUGCAGCACUGAAGAAUGUAUACACGUUACGGAUGAUCAAGGAGGAGCAGGAGAACUACGCGAAACUAGCUGAAAAACAUAAAGAGAGCAUCGAACUUGCCAAAGAGGAGAUCGAGGCAAGCAAAAAGGAACUUAUCAUAGCUAAGGAAAUACGCAAAAAUAAAAUGGAGUACGAUUUGCUGGCAUCGUUAAUCGAGGAGCAGCCCGAUCGCAAGGAUACAGAGAAACAAAUCGAGGUCAUCAAAAAGGAAAUCGACAAACUAACACAAAAGAAGCUAAAGAUGGAGCACAAAUUCCAGAAGCGUCGCAACGAUUUCACACUUUUAAUGUACACCAUACAUGAGCUAGAGCAGCAGCUGGAGGAGGAAAACAGCUCCGGGUCAUCAGACUCAAGUGAUAGCGACGCCGCAUCCGAAUCGAAUGAUAAUAAUGGCAUCAUGGAAGUCAGCGACGAUGACGAUGAUGAACUAAAUAAUAUCGUUACCACAAAAUUCGACAGCAAUCGAGGCAAAUCGAAAGAAAACUCUGCCUCAACCGAAAGCUCCAAGGAGCCCAUGACCAUGUCAGUGGACGAAGAUGCAGUGCUGGAGCUAAGCAUCGAAAAGGAUGACCACGAUGUGGACGUUGCAGUGGCCAGUUAAACAAGAGUACAAUUAUAUAAUAGACCUACACAG